CGAGCGAAGAAGCGACGAGCGCGAAGUCGAGUCGACACCCCGACUGGAUGUGCUUUGCGCAUUGUUCGACGAGGAACUUAUUCAACGGGCAGCACGUGUCCGGACAGCGCAGUCGGAGCCCGAACGACCCAAGGGUGUAUCGCCCAAGCACCGCCACCCUUCCAAACGCAAAAGCAAAAAAUGCACCCAAAAACCUGAUAAGCGCUCUUCGUCGGAAGCAUCAGACACAUCGAGAUCGUCGGACGAGAACGAGCUGGACUGGCCGGACGCGAACGAGUGCAACAUGGCUGCGCUGGAAGCGAAAAUGAAGCACCCGCUGCGCCUUCACGCCGACCUGUGGCAUAACGAUCCCGGUGAGAUGAACGAUGGUCCACUGUGCCGCUGUUCAGCACGCGCUCAGCGAACCGGAAUCCGGCAUGGAAAGUAUCCGGGUGAAGUAGGGUUUCCGCGAUGCAAGCAGCAGUCAAGUAACGCGAGCAAACUGCACCACUACCGCAUUACGAUCUCACCACCGACCAACUUUCUCACCAAAACAUCCACAAUUAUCGAGCACGACCAGCACGAGUUCCUGUUCGAAGGGUUUUCGCUGCUGGCGCACGAGCCCAUCGGCGCCAGCCUGCCCACCUGUAAGGUGAUUCGCUUCAACAUCGAGUACACCAUCCUCUACCUAGAAGAACCGAUGCCGGAGAACUUUACUAUUCGCGAGCUCGAUCUGUUCGAGCGCUUUCUGUUCCGGGAGCUCCUCGAGCUGGUCGAUUUUAGUGUGCAGCCGUCUGGGCCGAAAGACGCGGAUAGCUCCUGUCCUUGUUAUCACUUCGUGCCGCGUUUCGUGCGUGAUCUGCCUGAAAACGGCAAGGAGGUGCUGGCAAUGGCGGAGGUGCUACGAUACUUGCUCGACAACUCUGGCCCAUUGAUCCGGCCAGAAUUGCCCGGUGAGAUGAUGGCCAUGGGGCAGCGCAAAUGGCAAGACUAUGUUGACUGUCGGAAGGGCAUGGUGGUGACGAACCCGGGCAUGAAACCAUGCUCCGUCCGCGUCGAUCAGCUCGAUCGCAACGUCAGCGAUGUGCCGGAGGCAGCAACCGCUCUCGACGCUAAUGGGUUCGCGCAUCCGGUAAUCGUCCACUUCGGAAUACGUCCGCCACAGCUCAGCUACGCGGGCAACUCCGAGUACCAGAAGGCGUGGCGGCAGUACAUAAAACACCGGCACCUCGUGGCGAACAUGUCGAAACCAUCGUACGAUGACAAACGUAAGCUGGAGGCGAAGGAAAACCGACUGCUGGAGAUGCGCAUGCAGGGACGCAUGAAGCGUAACAUAACGGUCGCGGUGAGCGCUCGAUCAUUUCACCGGACGGGCAUCAUGUGCGACGUGGUGCAGCAUGCAAUGCUGAUACCGGUGCUAACCGGCCACCUUCGCUUCCACCGAGCGCUGGAUGUGCUGGAACGGGUCAUCGACUACAAGUUUACGAACCGUUAUACGCUCCAGCUCGCCCUUACACAUCCGUCGUACAAGGAGAUUUUUGGCACCAACCCGGACCACGCGCGUAACAGCCUUACGAACUGCGGCAUUCGCCAGCCGGAGUGUGGUGACCGUAAGAUCCACUACAUUAACACUCGCAAGCGCGGCAUCAACACACUGAUCAGCAUAAUGUCGCGUUUCGGCAAGGAGUCUGAAACCGACAGCAACGUGACCCAUAACGAGCGGCUUGAGUUUCUUGGUGACGCAGUGGUCGAGUUCAUUACCUCGAUCCAUCUGUUUCACAUGUUUCCCGAUCUGGAAGAAGGCGGACUGGCGACCUACCGUGCAGCGAUUGUACAGAACCAGCAUCUGGCGCUAUUGGCCAAGAAGCUCCAACUGGAGGAGUUUAUGCUGUACGGGCAUGGGUCCGACCUCUGCCACGAGCUCGAGCUAC